CGACCAGCGCAGCUAUUUUGAAAGUGACCCCUCAUUCAGGCAGCGACUCUGCAGCUGUCAGGAACCAUGACUGAAGAUGACGGAUUCUGUUGUCGUGGAGGGAUACGCCAGACUCAGAGAUGGGAAAAAGUGGAGGACUAGGUGGCUCGUGUUUCGUAAGCCGUCGCCUGUAGCAGACUGCCUCGUUUUAGUGGUUUUCAAAGACAAAUCAGACAAACUCCAGAGCAACAAGGAGAGGGCGAGCGUCACCUUGGAGGAGAUCUGUGGCCUGGAAGCUGGACCUUGGUAUGAAGGCGUGGCGUUUACUCUGACCGUCCUCUGCCUGAACCAGGUCGCGCUGCUGGGCUUUGACAGCAGGGAGGCCAUGCAGGCGUGGGAGCUCCGCCUGCGCUACGGCCUCGGAGAGGUUCACAGAUUCGGCGUCGGGGUUUUACCAGGGACCAAGCUGGAGAGCGGACCUGCCACUCUCCACCUGUGCAACAACCUUCUGGCCCUCGUCCGGGACUUUCCUCCCGUCAUCAUUGGCCACUGGAACCUGCCGGACCUGCGCAGAUACGGACCGGUGCCGAAUGGAUUUGUGUUUGAAGGGGGAACAAGAUGUGGAUACUGGGCUGGUGUUUUUCUUCUGGCGUCUGCGGAGGGCGAGCAGAUCAGCUUUCUGUUCGACUGCAUCGUUAGAGGCAUCUGCCCCAGCAGAGGUCCAUUCGGACUGCGGCCCGUUUUGCCAGAACUCAACUCAGGCCAAACAAAUUCAGAGGAGAAGCUGAACCUGGAGACCCAGGAGCUGGAGAAGCGACUGAGCAUGCUCUCUCGUGGGAGCAGCACAGUCUCAUCCACGUAUUUCCCAUCUGCCGGGGGAGACGACCGCAGCAUAUCUGGCUCCUCUGACGCGUCCGACACCAGCCAGUCAGACUGCAGCAUCGGCAGCAGGCUGGCCAUUUGGUCCGAACCCGCCUCAAACGCCACCGGAAGCGCCUGCCACGCUGGCGCCAAGGCGGAGCUGCAGACUGCAGAGAAGCUGUCAGCCGGCCAGGGAGGCGGCGGCCGACCUUCGGCCAAGCCGCCCCGGCAGCUCCAGGACAUCGGCCGACAGAGCUCUUCGGACAGCGGCAUCGCCACCGGCAGCCACUCGUCCUACUCUGGGAGCUUCUCCUCGUACACGGGCAGCCUGGACAUCGCCCCUGGGGAGGACUUUGGCUCCGUGUUCGGCUUACCCCCACAGCUGGCUCAGGAGCUAAGCCCAUGCAGUUGCCCCACUGCUCCUGGACAGGAGUACCAGGUGCCAACGUCGCUUGUUGGGCAUCUCUAUGACUCUCCCAGGAGGGUGUUGCAUGAAGCGAGUGGGGGCGACAAAGACUGUGAGCCCUUUAAAUCACCUGAAGACCACCCCGUUCCUUCAGACUGCCCAGCGGAGUCCGAUUUGGGGGGCGCUGCUGAGGUUCAGUCAGAGGCGACGGACGGACAGUCAGAUCCUGCACACGCACAGGGCCCUUCAAGUGACGGCGGGAAAACAAAGGCGCUGCCCUCUAGUGGCUCCUCUCACAGCUGCGGCUCCCUCUCUGCCUCCAAAACUGUAGUGGCCAUCUGCUCAGUGUGUGGUGGGUUCAAGGGUAACCCCUACAUCCAGAUGAGUUCUUCAGGAAUACCAACCUUACCGGUGAAGAAUACUCUGGACAUGUCCCGGGCCUCUGCUGCACGCUCGACGGAGCCGCCGAGAGUGCAGCCGGGCGGCGAUGAGUCGCCGCCGCCGCCAAAGAGAGGAGAAAGAAAAAUAGCCGACCUCUUAUCUGAUCCGCUCAGCUUCCCGAGUGCGGGCGGCCAGCCGCAAACUGCAAACCCGUACGAGUCAAUGAGCCCCACUCCGGCAAAUGAGCUCAUUCUGGCACAAGCUGCGCCGCCGUGGGGCUCCCAGCAGGACAAAAGAGCUGUCGUUUAUGAAAACUGUUUGAAGUGUCGAGGAGAGCUCUGCCAACCUCCGCUGCAGGUCGCGCCUGCUAAAAUGCCCCGCAGCAGGGGCGUCCAUGGUUGUCAGAGCUUCCCAACUGGACCGUGCCUGAAGAAAAGCCAGGCCAGUGACAGAACUGCUGAUGAGGAGCUGCUUCAUGAACUCCUCAGGGGCGUUGAAGAGCGGCGUCGGCCGGAAGAUGUAAAUGACUCGACAGGAAGUGGAGAGAAAAAGCUCAACAGUAAAGAAGAACGACGCAGAGCUGAUCCUGCUUAUGAGGUCAUGGAGAGUCGGAUGCCGGAGAAACACCCAGAGGCUGAAGAGAAGAGCAAAUACGAGCUGAUGGGCAGCUACGGCCAGCAGAGGCUCCUCCAAGAGGCUGAAGGGGCAGCGUUUGUUUUCCCUCCGGAGGCUGCGCUUCCCGAGAGGCCCCGGAGCGAAAGCGUCACGUACGUGAAUAUUCCCAUCAGCCCGACGUCUAAGAAACAACUCAACUACAUGGAGCUGGAGCUGCAGGAGCCGGGCCACAGCGCCAGAGGGACCGUCGCACAUCUGCCGUCUCAGAGAAAGAGCUCCACCAGGUAUGCUCAGAUCGACAUCACCGCGACGGAGAUGGCCCACAGAGUCGGCGCGCAGCACGCCCUGGGCAGGCAGGAGGGCCUGCACAGCCUGGAGCUGAGGAGAAAGGGAACGCCGCACUGACUCCGUGCUUCGGAUUCGCUGCGUCGGGACUGUAUCCGCCGGAGAUGUGAAGAACUUGAUGGGAGCGUUUUGGUUUUCUGUUCUCUUUACAGUUUCUAAGCACAGACUGGGUUCACACAUGCUGGAAUCCAAGAACAAGGGGUGUUCACGUUGUUAGGCCAGGCUUUUGCUUCUGUAAUCGAUCAAGAAGCCGUGAUAACCGCGGUUGUGCGGUUUUGCAUGAAGCCACGCGCGACGCUUCCACCUCGUCCCCUCAGAAAGUCGGUUGCCUCACUAAAUGGCACUGCGCCAACUAAAAGGAGGAGAGCACCGACCCAGAGAUGAGUCACAGCCCAAAUGCCUCCCCCUCGCUCAGCUGCAUCUCAGCGCCAUCUUGGACCGUGCCACAUUUUUAAUCAUCGUUUGGGAAAAACAACAGAGAUGAAGCAAGAGGUGAUUAUUCCAUGAGGUAGUUGUAAAUUGCGUUGUGCUAAGCCGCUCGGAUUUGGCCUAAAGCCGUCCAUCCAGUCUUACUCAGAGCGCUGAGCAGGAGAAAGUAAAUGGCGAGUUACGGUGAGGAUCUGUAAUUGUUCCACGUUUCUCCGCUACGCCGGCUGACCUGCGUUGGCCUGCUGUGACUAACAGAUGCUGUUUGUUGUUUGAACAGAACCUGAGUGCUGCUUUCUUUGUGGGAUUUACUGUGGGGAAACUAUUUAUGGCUUCUGCAUAGGCGAGAGAAAACAAUGUUUGGAGAUUUUCUUUAGAGAUUUUUAAAUGAUUGUUUUGUGUCCUUUUACGUUUUCCUCGUUUCUUGUGCGGCACAUCGGUAAACCUCAGCAGAGGGUUGUUUCCGUCUCAUAUUCUGCUGCGUCUCACCUGCAGUUGACUUCAACAAGACGUUUAUUUCAUUUGAUACACAAGUAAAGAUAUAUGGAGAAUGUAUAAUUUGUGCUUUCUAGGUAAAAUUCUCUUUUUUUAGUAAGUUAUUUAUUGCUACAACUUUGUGUGUUUUUUCAGUGUUUACAGUUGCAGUGAAAAAAUUUCCAUGCAUCCAUUAGGGGCCUUAAUUCAUGUUUUAUAUGUUUAAUGGUUGAUUUGAUGAUAAUGGCACAGCAUGCCUCUGCCCCCACCAUGCUUUAUAGCUGGUGCAGCAUUGUUGGGUGUGAAAAUCUCUCCCCGACUCAUCCGAGCUCACCCAUUAACACCGAGACCAAAUCCUUUGAGUGUCACAUUUCUCUCUCCAGAAGUAACUGAUCUCAUUCAUGUAGGCGGCUGCACAUUUUAGUCUUUCUUGAAGGUGUAAAUUUUGGAGCCUCAGCUUCUUUUUUUGGUUGCUACUUUGUGGGCAGAGAUACAUUUGAUCCUGUAUUUUCUACUUCUUUGCAGCCUUGUGGCGCGUUCCUGAAUUAACUAAUCUCCUUCCAUCUGAGCGUGUUGUUUUCGUCUUUGUCCAAGCUUUCCUGAAAGUCAGUAAAAUAAUCUUUAACUGGAUAAAAAAUAGAUAUUUGGUUUGUGCCCCAUGGUUCAUAAUAUUCAUGCUCUAUACCAGACCAGAACUAUGCAGUCAAACUCCAGUCAGAUUCAGUGUCUAUUUUUUCAGAAGACAUUAAUAGAGUAGCAUUUUUACUCUAUUGAGAAACUACAGAGCCACAUUAAUAAGUCUACAUACCUUAAGAGGGCUAAGUACUGAUUUCCCGGCAGUUUUUCUGGAAAAGUCCCCCCCAACAAAACACCAAUCACCGCACAUUGUCAACAAGUAAUAAAAAUAGAUUUACCGUAAUCCUGAACUCUUUCAUCAAAAAUACUUCUUAUAAGUUAAAAUGUAAAGAUGAACUCACAUGUCUGACAGGGACAUUGUAGUUUUCAUUGUAAUUUCUCUGCAGAAAAUGUUUUCAUCUGAAACGUCUGAGUAUAAAAUAUGCAAGAUGCGCUGGAAUACGAAAUAUGCUUUUUCAAAAGGACAGACAAAAGCCAGAGUUUCAGAUUUAUUGCUUUCAGACGAUCAGUGUCGUAAGAGGUUAGUGUCUUCUGUCUCUGGUUUUACUUUCCUCAACUAACACGUAUUUUUAUUGGUGGUUGAUUAUUACAGUUUGAUAAUCAUGUAAUGCAGUAAGAACAAAAACUGAAUCACACUCAUUUCAAAAAAAUAUGUAAAUUGUAAAUAAAAUGGGAUAAAUAUUAAA